UUUUUUCCAGUGGAUAAGAACCCGUGUGGUUUACCUGAAGCUGCCGGUCCGUGCAGAGGUCUGGUCAAACGCUACUUCUUUGACACCAGGACUGAACAGUGCAGGCCGUUCUUCUACGGCGGCUGCUUCGGGAAUGCCAACAACUUCAGGAGCAUGUCUGCGUGUCAGGCACGAUGUCACAGCAGCGACAAACCCAGUUCAGCCCCAGAGGUCCAGACCCAGGCUCCUCCAAGAACUGAGCGUCUGCAGUCCCCAGUAGGAACUGGGGAAAUGCCAGUGAGUGCAUCUGUGGUGCAGCUGAACGCCUCCCACCCACUACCAAACGAUGGUAGUGUUCCCUCCUGGUGCUUCAGUCCUGCAGACAGAGGAACCUGUGACGGCUCCAGCAGGAGGUUCGCCUUCAACCCCGACACCAGGAGGUGCCACAUGUUUGUGUUCAGCGGCUGUGGAGGAAACCAGAACAACUUCAGCCACCGCAGACACUGCAUGAGGAAGUGCACCGGCAGAACCAAAGAUCGUGGGAUGAAGAUGAUCAGGAUAAGGAAGAAAAACAUGGACAUCGUUUCUCGUUCAGUGUGAGCUGGUGCACUACUGUGGAUCCUGCACAACUUCAUC